AUGGCGGGCCACGUGACCAGAGCACUGACGCUUCCUCUGCUGCUUGACACCAUUCGCCGCGACCCGGGCAUGACAGCGGCUUACUAUGCCAACCGUUAUUUUGGCAAGGAACGUCAGAUGGAGGUGACGCGGGUGCUGUGGGGCGAGCUGAAGCUCUACGGACAAGUAACCAUUGACCGUAUUGAUGGACCAGAGGCACCGCCGCGGUGGUAUCCGGUGUUCUACAUGCCGCGUAAGAUCCACAAGAUUCGACGACACUGUGCCGAGGAAGAGGACCUCAGUGUUCUGCAGCAAGACACCGUCGCGGAAACCGGUGAGUCGCCUGUGGCGCAGGAGGAGACUGCUUCAAUGGCGGCAUCUGUAGAAAAUAGUAUUGUUGCUCUUGUUCAGCAAUUUCCAGGGCAUGACAUACAGUUUUAUAUUGGUGAACUUUCUGCGGUGAUGCAGCCGCGUGCCCCGAUGGCGUUCAGGCGACUCCGUGAGGCGGGGCUGUUAACUAGAGAGCAGACACCACAUGGCACGUUCGUCUGGAGAUGA